CAAACACAACUGUUGGACAGUAUUAGGACAGUCCGCAGCUGUAGUUGUGUCGUUAUAAACGUCAACCCCAACAAUAAUUCAAGUCAAACCGAAUUUCGUUAUAAAAAAUACUUUAAGAAACCGAACUAAUGUUUUAAAUAGCUCCUUUGUUUUUUCCAAAGACCAGUGAGUGAGUUUUUACGAAUGAGAAGCGAAGUGUUAGCCUCAAAAGACAACUCCCCUUGGCGAUGGGCGAUCGAGAAUUCGAUGUCACGACAAGUGAGGAUUUUCCAGAGGAGCUGGAGCCACAUAUUUCACUUCUGGAUCUUCCAGUGGAGGUUUUCCUCCACAUAUGCUCGUUCCUCGACGCCUCGACUCUUGUACACAAUCUUGGACUUGUGUGUAAACAAUUUCAUGAGAUUCUGAAGGACGACUCAUUGUGGAAAGUGAGGAUCAACCAAAUAUGGCCAAACGCUCGUUAUCCAAUUUUACCUCCUGAUGAAAAUGACGAGCUUUUUUGGAAAUUAUCAUGUGUGAUGAUCGAAAGACAAGCCAGUCUGUGGAGGAACAGAGAUCUUCUCGAGAAUUUCUCCCUUCAAAACGGACAUUAUGGAACAGUUGAUGCAGUUUUACUUAUAAACAAUGGACAAACAUGUAUAACUGGUGGCAGAGACAGGCUUCUAAUCUGCUGGAGCCUCCCUCAACCUGGGAACGAGCCAUCGUACCAGUUGUCCUCUGGUCUGGGCCACGAAGGCUGGAUAUGGGACAUAACAUCAAUGGACAAUGUGAUAUACAGCUGCAGUUGGGACAAAACCGUUCGAUCCUGGGACGUCACAGGAACUAAUUUAUCACCCAUAAAAUCACACGGGAUGAAUGUCCAGGGUGCUUUGUUAUGCAUGAAUUCCUGUUCCGAGUUACAUCUUCUCGCGACUGGAUCAUUCUGCAAAACAGUAUCAAUAUUCGACCCGAGGUCGGAGGAUUCAGUUGCUCGGUAUCAACCACAUCAAAGGGCAGUUAUUCAAAUAUGCAUGAAUUCGAGAUAUGUCGUUUCUGCUAGUGAGGAUAAAACUGUCUCUGUGUGGGAUGUCAGGGCUGGAUAUACUAUGAAAACAUUUCAGAUUUCUAAAGACUCAUUUGUCAUGGGAAUGUUCAUGCACAAUGGACUCGUCUACAUUGGUGAUAGCAAUUCCAAUAUUCACAUUCUCGACGAGAAGAAAGAUUUCAAUGUUGUUAAAUCGUACAAGACUGAGCACACUAAGGGGAUCACUGGAAUUCAUGCAUCGUCUGGAUGUUUGAUGACUGUAUCGCUUGAUAAGACUGUGAGAAUCAUGGGGCCAACGGAUCCACCACAGAGUAUUGCUACUUUUGAGUGCAAACACGGUGAUGUAGCUAGCAUGCAUUAUUUGAACGAAGUCCUCGCUGUAUCUGCUGAAGACGCUAUUGAAGUAUGGAGACCCAAGACUGUUAAUCAACACCACUUAUGACAAAAAAGUUGAUCACUAAUAUAUUUUUAAUUGUAUUCUUAUUUCAAAUUGACUCAAUUGUUUUAAUUACUGAAUUUUAUAAUUGAUUGACUAAAUGAUAAUACGCUUUGCUAACGAAGAAAAUUAUUGAUAAAAGAAUGUGUUUUUAACGAAUAAAGCUAGACAUAUUUGUAAUGUGAA